GCACGUCGACGCUUCUGGCAGCGCAUCUUGGGGUGCUCACUGGCAUCUUCGAGACCGCCACGAUCACUCUGCUCGUUCUUCUGCUCCUGCUGCAGGGGAACUCGGCGAAGCCAGGCGGCGACAUGCCGAUUAAGUUCUCGCACAUCUCUUCCCAG